CUGGCCUUAGGCGCAGCUGCUUGAGGAGGGAGGAGUUACCACCGCUGCUCGGCAAUGAUGGCAGUGACCUAAAAUCCUCAGGAAGCCGCAGGGUCAUGGCCCAGAAGCACCCGGGAGAAAGAAGGUUGUGUGGAGCCCACCGCAGUGGUGGUUCCUCCCUCAGUACAUCAGGAUCCUCUGUGGACCCCGAAAUACUUUUAUUCUCAGGACUCAGGGACUCAGCAGAGACUGCUCCUAAUGGUACACGACGCCUCAAAGAGCACUCCGGCCCUAAGUACACACAGCCUCCAAAUCCAGCCCACUGGUCGGAUCCAAGCCAUGGUCCUCCAAGGGGUCCAGGACCACCUAGAGGAGGAGGCUACCCUGAUGAGAGCGAGACAGGUUCAGAAGAGUCAGGAGUGGACCAGGAACUCUCAAGAGAGAAUGAGACUGGGUACCAGGAUGAUGGGAGUCCUUCUUUUCUUUCCAUUCCAUCUGCUUGUNACUGCCAGGGAAGCCCUGGNGUNCCCGAAGGGACUUACUCCGAGGAAGGAGAUGGCUCUUCUNGCAGCCUUUGCCACCAUUGCACCUCUCCAGCCUUGGGGGAAGAUGAAGAGUUGGAAGAAGAAUAUGAUGAUGAGGAACCUCUUAAAUUUCCCAGUGAUUUUUCACGUGUGUCCAGUGGAAAGAAACCCCCGUCCCGGAGGCAGAAGCACCGUUUUCUGAUCAAGGAGGAUAUUCGGGAUAGUGGACGCAGAGAACCCAAGGCCCCAGGUCGUCAUCGGCUGGCCCGAAAAAGAAGUCAGACAGAUAAGCGCAGAGGCCUGGGACUGUGGGGAGUAGAGGAACUNUGUCAGCUUGGACAAGCAGGCUUCUGGUGGCUGAUUGAACUUCUGGUAUUGGUGGGAGAGUAUGUGGAAACCUGUGGCCAUCUCAUUUACGCAUGCAGGAAGCUGAAAGGCAGUGACCUGGACCUUUUUCGAGUCUGGGUGGGGGGCUGGGCCCCCGUGAUGUUCAAGUUUCUAAGCCAGAGCUGCUUCUGUGUGGCGGUGCUGCUCAUCUGUAUUCUUAGGGUAGUGGGUGCUUUCCUCCUCCUGGCUCUCGCCCUAUUUUUGGGAUGUCUACAGUUGGGCUGGAGGUUUUCGGUGGGACUGGGCAACCGGUUAGGCUGGAGGGAUAAGACCGCUCAGCUGUUCUCUUGGCUGGGUUCUCCAGCCUUGCAUCAUUGCUUGACUCUGCUGAAAGAUAGCAGGCCAUGGCAGCAGCUGGUAAGGUUAAUACAGUGGGGCUGGCAGGAGCUGCCCUGGGUCAAGCAGAGGACUAAGAAACAGGGCAAUGCACCUGUAGCUAGUGGGCGAUACUGCCAGCCUGAAGAGGAAGUGGCCCGACUCUUGACCAUGGCUGGGGUUCCUGAAGAUGAACUAAACCUUUUUCAUGUGCUGGGGGUUGAAGCUACAGCNUCNGACACUGAACUAAAGAAGGCCUAUAGGCAGCUAGCAGUAAUGGUCCAUCCUGAUAAAAAUCACCAUCCCCGGGCUGAGGAGGCCUUCAAAAUUUUGCNGGCAGCUUGGGACAUUGUCAGCAACCCNGAGAGGNGGAAGGAAUAUGAGAUGAAACGAAUGGCAGAGAAUGAGCUCAGCCGGUCAGUGAAUGAGUUUCUGUCGAAGCUACAAGAUGACCUCAAGGAGGCAAUGAACACGAUGAUGUGCAGCAGAUGCCAAGGAAAGCAUAGGAGGUUUGAAAUGGACCGGGAACCCAAGAGUGCCAGAUACUGUGCUGAGUGUAACAGGCUGCAUCCUGCUGAGGAAGGAGACUUCUGGGCAGAGUCGAGCAUGCUGGGCCUCAAGAUCACCUACUUUGCGCUGAUGGAUGGAAAGGUGUAUGACAUCACAGAGUGGGCUGGAUGCCAACGUGUGGGUAUCUCCCCAGAUACCCACAGAGUUCCUUACCACAUCACAUUUGGUUCUCGGGUACCGGGCGCCAAGAGGGCCACUCCAGAGUCCCCUCCUGCUGACCUGCAGGAUUUCUUGAGCCGAAUCUUUCAAGUACCUCCGGGGCCGGUGUCCAAUGGGAACUUCUUUGCCGCACCUCACCCUGGCCCUGGGACCACUUCNACCUCUAGGCCCAACAGUUCAGUACCCAAGGGAGAAGCCAAACCUAAACAGCGGAAGAAAGUGAAGCGGCCCUUUCAACGAUGACACCCCUUCUCUUCCUUCCUCAAAUCAAUGUCAGGGAGUCAAAAGGGCUGUGUACAGCACAGGGUGGAAUUUGAUUUAUUUUAAAAUACUUUAAAAAGGGAAACAUUUUAAAUUGUUCACUCAGUAUUUAGAGGAAACCCAUGACCUCUUCUCCCUCUUCCCCAACACCCAGGAACUGAAUCUUGUUUUCUGACAAUACCAAAGAAUAGGAGGUGGUUAGAGCAAAGAACUUCAGGGGCUGGACCUAGUCCAGACAGUACGCUUCUGAGGUGUGGGAACUGGGGAUUUCUCUGGGGGCUGUAUGCCUUUAUCUUAUCAUCUGCUCUUAAGAGCAGAUGAAACACACCCCCUUUUAAAUGAGUGUAUCUUAUUUCUUAAACCCAUAUCAGGGGUUCCCCUCCCCCCUUUACCCUGAUAUACUAGCUAAAAGAAAAAGCAUGUAGCCCUAAUUUUGGAGACACAGAACUCAAGAGUGGAAACUGA